AUGAUCUUCACUGGAACUGUAGCGGAGGCUUGCCCACCCCCAGGGAGCUCCGGCUGGCCUCCUUCGCGACACACCGCGUUCGAGCUAUUCGGCCACCGGCGCUGUCACGUGUGUUCACACGCAGCUGCGAGCGACCGUUACCCGCACAAUGCCCUCGAUCGAUCCGUCGUCGAUGGAAUCCAAGCUAUCAGCGAAAUCGAUGCACGUGCGGCGAGAUCCGCCGAGACAUUUCGCGGUCGAACUGCAUUGUCUACGGCGCCGUUGUCCAUUCUGUUUAUCAGUUCGGAGAAGCGUAAAGGUGCUCGUAAAACUUUCACGUACGCAAUUUAUGGGCACGGAGACAAAGAUAUUCAGAGGAACGAACUAGCGUGGGCGUGGACACCUGGCCUCUCGUUAGUGCCGCCUGUCCGAGGCGCUUGCGUGGGCACACUCCUCAGACGCUCUGAUUUGGAAGGAUGA